CGGUAUGACUGAACCCAAGUCGACAGGCUCAGCAUUAUUACUAUUAUGAGGAAGUGAUCUUUAACUUAACGAAUUAUGAAAUUACCUUAUUUUUUGGUUAAUUGUAUUUUGAUUGUGAAAUGCCCUUGUUGACAUAGUCAUCAUGAGUGCCUCGAAACUUCGAACAAGACGGGGCACCGGUCAGAAAACGCCAGAGAUUGAUGGGAGUGGCUCAGAAAAGAAAGAAAAAAAUGCUCGAACAAGAUCUUCCUUAAAGCUUGUUGACUCUGUAGAUGAGGAUUUAAAAGGAAGAUCACCAAAAGCAAAAGUUUCAGAAUAUGCUAAAAACAAUGGCCAGGACCCUGUAUCAAAAAUUGACAGGCUGCAAGAGGUCGACCACAGACCUUCAAAAUCAAACAACCAAAAGACUUCUAAAAAAGAUGAAAGAAAAGUUACUCCAGAAGAUAAGAAAAUAAUGAAAAAUCGAAAAUCGUUAGAAAAAGGGGAUAAUGUUGAUUGUGAUGGUGGUUAUUUUAACCCCACUUCAAGGAGGAGGACUCGUUCUAGUGGAAUGCUAAACCAAUCAGAGGAAUCCUUAGGAGAUACUAUACUAUCAAAUACUUGUCAAAAAAAUGAAAGACAAUCUCAUUUGGUUGUGGGUGCCACAGAGAACAAUAUUGACCCAAUUUUGUCAGAUGUUGUAGUUACACCAUCACCCAGUAAAACUGUAGCUGGUGUGGUUCAAAGACCAACCAGGUUAACACAGAUUGAGAAAACUGUUGAAGCCCUCCACACCUAUGCAAAGGAUAGUAGUAUUAGUAUGGCCACAAAUCAAGCUGAACUUGAAAAGUCAAAGCUUGACGAGGCGGCACGAAUCCCUAAACGAGGUCGACCUCCAAAGCACAUUAAGCAACUCAGACACAAAUGUCUAUCAUCAGUAGAUUCAGAUAUCUCAAAUAAACCAACGAUUAGAAUCAAAAGUGAGCCAUUAUCACCUCAAAGAACUAGCCCAAGAAGAUCUAAAACACCGGUAAAAGGUACAAAUUUUGAACAAAGUGGAGAUUCAGUUAAAUUAGAAAGUGCAACAGAUGAACAUUCUAGACAGGAUGUAUUUUUGAAUAAAUCCAACACAGAGAGCCUGGCUAUGGUUGUAUCAACUAGAAGUUCUCCAAGAAAACGGUCUGCAUCUGGCAAAGAUACUGAGCCAAACGAUAACAUAGAUGGGCUAAGGAAUAACUUAGAGCCAUUAAACAAAAGACAGUGUAAGGCUGGUGUUGCAAAAGAUCUUAACAGAGCUUUUGAUAAUGCCAUGUUUGGCAGCUCUGUUGAGAAUAACACAAACAAUUCUGCCAAUUCAGGGCAGCAAAGCAACAAAGAAGAAAUAGCACACAAUUCCAAGAAAAACAUUCCAGAAAUAUCUGUAGAAUCUUUAAUAGAAGAAACAACCUCAAAAGAACAUGUAGAACUAAAAUGUUCAACCUCGAGAAGGAGUCGGCGGCUUUCAGGAAAGGAGCCAGAGGUGGAGGAAGAAGAUGCAAAGAACCAGAAAACAAUGGAUGACCAGUCAAGGACAUUAUCAGAAAGCAUUAUUGAGGACAAUGUGGAAUUAAAAUCUCUGGAGGAUGAGCAAUCCAUCUGCAUGAAAACACAAGAUGAGGAGGAAUGUGGAAGAGUGUUCGAAGAAGAUCAGGUUGGGUACCAGGCUCUGUCUUGGUAUCAGGAGGAACCUGAAGAGAGUGAACCAUUUUACUUUGAAUCUGAUCAUACGGCAUUAAAAGGAAAUAAGGAUUAUCGAAUGUUACUUCGGACCCUAGCCACCUUAGAAGCACAAAGGCAGCAUGCAAUUACAGGUCUUGAAAGACUAGCAGAAUGCCAGAAAAGUGCAUUGGGUGACCCUAUCAAAUUUGUUGAGAACUUGCAGAAUAAGGUUGACCUAGAUCUACCAGUUGCACAGCGUGUUGUAACAAUACCAAACGUCAAUUGGGAGAAAUAUAUAAAAAAACUAGAAGGCACUGAGCUACUGAAACUCGCUACAGAAGUUCACAACACCAGGGCAUCAAAGACUACAACAGCCUCCCCUUCAUUGGACAGCCCUUCUACAAGUAGGGAUGCUAUGACUAUUCCGUCUAUUAAAAAGGAGGAGGAAGUAGUUAGAGGGCGCCCUUUAGAUGGCACUAAAAGUGGAACUUUCAAUCAACUUUGGACAGUUGAGGAACAACGGCGAUUAGAAGAGUGUCUUGUGCGGUUUCCCCAAGAGGAAGUGGAAGCCAGACGGUGGGAGAAGGUUGCCAAUGCCUUGGGCAACAGAACUCCUCAACAGGUUGCCAGUCGUGUACAAAAGUAUUUCAUCAAACUGAGUAAGGCAGGAUUACCAGUACCUGGAAGAUUGCCAAACCUUAACAUGUACCUUACUAAAAAGACUAAUCGUAGGAUGCAUCAUUUUACUAGGCCUCUCCUGCAUCAAAACUCCACAUUUAUGCAGGCCUACAAGCCCCCUGUGUACAUGGCAGAUGAAGACGAUGAUUUCAGAAGCCUAGACAAUAGUUUUGAAAUGGAAAAAUCUGUAUUAGGUGAGAGUAUGCCCCCAGAAUUACGUGACACAGAGGAAUAUCAUGAAUUAAUGAGACUAACAAAGCUUAAAAAUGAAAUGCUAGAAAAGGGUAAGGGUGAGCAUCUUGGAUUCAAGUGCGAUAAGUGUGGCUGUGAGCCAAUCACUGGAACUAGGUGGCAUUGUAAAGACUGCCCUCAAGAAGUCUCAGUUGACCUGUGUCAAAUAUGUAUUGACAGUAAAUUUACAACAGGUACCCACUUAGUGACGCAUCGUAUGGAAGCUAUUCAACCUGCCAAUACCAGGAAACACUUUGAAGAUAAGGAUUACACCAGCUUUACAGCAGGAUUGUGGGAUUAUAACUACCUUGACCCAAACUAUAACCCUGCAAACCUAUGACCUACAACUGUGCAAACAACCUUUGACCUAAAAACUAUAACCCUACUACUUAAUGUAACAUGGUACAGAUAUCAAUGCUAGUCACAGAUGUCAACUAAAUUGAACCAUAGCAACGUAAAACAAUUUUUUGUUGUCUGUUCUAAAAUUUUCAAUUAAACGGUGCAAAAGAUAGUUAUUUUAGAUGCAAUUUUUAGUCUGACAUAUCCAGUUUUUUUCAUUAAAUAAAUCUGUCAACUGAUAGUCUCCAGAUAUCCAGUAAUGAGUGCGGGUGGCACUGGUGACAACAAAAUGACUUACUAGAACAAUCUUAUUGAGAUGUCUAUAUUUUUGUCUAAACUGAAGUGUUUAAUCUUGCCUAUUUACUAAUAUUUUUGAUGUUAGCAAAAAUUUCUGUGGUUGGAUGGAUUUUUCAUUAUCAACUCAAAAUCAAUUUAAUUGAAGUAUUGACAUGUAAGUUUAAAAGUAAAAAGUACAAAGUUAAUGGUAUGAAAUGAAAUACAUAAAAUGAAUUUCACUUUUAAUGAUUCAGAUGAAAUAUUAAAAUUUGCCCUGAAACAUUAAAAUGAUUGACUAGAUUUGAUACUGUAACAGGGGGCCAACAAUCACAAGCUACAUGUGAAGGGUCAAUCUUUUAAAUAUACAUAUUAAAUUCAUGAGAAAAAAUAGAAUAUUUAAUAAUUGAUUUUUUAAAAAGCCAAAAUUGUACAAUCCAAUCAUGCUGAAAACUUACUCAUAUUUUAAAAAUCAACAGUUGUUUUGAAAAUUCAUGAGAGCAAUCAACAGGUAUUAAUUGUUUCAUGUUGUUCAUCUUUAAGAAAAGAUGUUUUCUAAGUCACUGGUUCUCAAACUUUUUGGCCAAUGAGCCAAACAAAUGUCAAUACAAUUUGCUGCAACCCACUUUGUGGGACGUUAAAAAGCACUAUAAACAGGUCAUUUGCAAAAUUAAAGUAACCAAUUUAAAUGUUGCUUUAGGAUGUUCCCAUGUUACAACAGCAAAUGAUUGAGGAUAAGAAACAAAUUGGUCAGGAGAUAUUCAAAAUCCAAUCUUGGGUCGCGACCCUUAGCUUGAGAACCGGUGAUCUAAAUGCUUAUAAUUAUACUUUUUCACAGGUGAAGAAAACUGUACAGUAGAAAUGUGUAUACAUUAUGUAUGCUUUCAAAGUUCAUACUUUGAUUUAUUGUUGUAUGAGUUGUGGGAUUAUGUUCACCAAUAGAACCAGCCUUGCAUAUAAAUCAUUUUUAAGAGAGUACAAAACACUCUUUCUGUGUUAAAAUAGUACAGUGCAUAAUAAAAUGAUGAUGAGUUGUCAUUUUGAGAUUUUUUUUUUCAUUUUCAUAAAAAGUACAUACACUGUUGACCCCCUUUCUGUAGCAUGUUUUGUACUCUGGUGAAAAUGAUGGAAAAAUUGAUGGCCCCUUGUCAUUACUUUUUAUUUCAAAGUAUGCUGUGUGAAUCAAUAGUACAAUUUUGUGUCACAUUGUGUAUUAUCUGUAAACCUUGUGUGCAGCUAAGUUUGUUAGUUAAAACGAAAAUUAAAGGCUGUUUUCUACUAGGCAAAUUUAUUCACGUGAAUAAAUUCGCCUUGUGGAAAACAACCUUAAAGAAACCGUGGGUUCACAAGUAUGUAAGGCAGUAUCACAUUCUUUGGAGGUUGGAACUAUGAAAUUUGGAAAGAUGAAUAUCGAAUGAAACAAUAAUGAAAAUUACAAAGGAAAUGCUACAAAAAUAUUCAGUUUCUUCAACCUGCAAUGCACUGCAGUAAAAAAAAUGUUCAGAUAUUAUUUGUUUUCGCCAUGCUUUAAAAGCAUAACUAAUGUGAAGGGACACUCAUCCUGCAAAUUCCCACACAGUACUGUGCUAGUUUAUGCAUGGCAACCAAUCAUUUGUUAAUGACAUAAACCUGGGUAUCGCUGCCUCGCCUCAGUUGGAUUAAUAAAUGUCUAGACACGCAUGCCCCUCAUUGAAGAUGUUGUAUGCAAAAAAAUCAUGCUAAAGUGGUUAAUAUUACUUCAGUCACCAAAUUUUCCCCUCAAAACACUUCACCGCUGCACGCUCCCCCCCCACCAAAUUUCCAGGAUAUGCCACUGUAAAUAAGGAUUCUUAAGGAAUACAAAAAUAUACAGUAUAGCAAACAACUUAUAUAAACAUGGAGGAAUUAGUUUAGAUAAAUGAAUAAUUAAAUGAAAAUGAUGUUUAACAGUAAGCCUACAGUAAUUAAUUUUUAAAGCCUACAAACUAAAAUAAUUUCAAGGUCUAUAAAUACUGUAGUAUAAACAUGUGUACUUGCUAAUCCGUGCUGGUAUUUAUAAAUUUAUUGGUAUUAAAUCAAUUCUAUUACUUUUUUAAAAUUAAUUCCCUCCAUUUAUAUCUUCCAAAUAUUAAGUUUGUUUAUUACAGUAUUAUUAUUGGUACAUUUUACAUACUUGAGAUGACUCAUCCCUAAAAUCUAGCCACUGUUACAUUCACAUUCAGCUCUAGUUCCUUGUGUUAGUUCCUUAUAGAAGUGACAAAACGUAUGUAAUUAUGAACAGUAUAAUUGUUCAUGCUUUGAAACAGCUUUUUUAAUAGAUUUUGAGAUCUAUCACUCACCAUGAUUCUUCACAGGUCUGUUAUUUCAUUUAUAAAUUUACAAUUUCUCAUAAUAAUGAGUGUUUACUACUAUUUGAUACAAUAGUAACAAGAAAAACAGGGGUAUGGCAUGAAUUAAAAUCCUGUCAGAUACUGUUUUAAUUGGCCAAAUCAUCGUAUUAUACCAUAAAUAUGUAAUUACAAGAUCAUGCCAUUUUUUUAAAUUGCAUUCUGGACAGGCAUCAUCUGUCUUUACACAAAAUAAUGAGGUUAAGAACAGAUGAGUAUUUUGUGUUACAAUAAUAGUGGUAAUCAUUUGUAUAGAAAUCGCUCCUGUUGAAUAAAAAACAAAUGUUUUGGGAUCUGAAA